AUGCCUAAUAAACCGAACAAAUUUGGUAUAAAAUUCUGGUUAGCUUUCGAUGGCAAAAGCAAAUAUAUAGUUAUAAGGAGAGAAUCUUCGGUUCCACUUGGGGAAUCAAAUAAUGGUACUCAGACAAUUUACAAAGCUAAACCUAAUAAAAAAAUACCGAUACUAGAAUAUCACAAGAGUAGCACAAAAUUCGAUGUUAGAACCGACCAAAUGGCCAGAAAGUAUUGCAUAAAAUCUAAAUCACAGAGAUGGUCUUUGCAAAUAAUUUUUAGUAUCUUAGAUUUAGCCGAGACAAAUGCUUGGAUUUUAUAUAAAGAAACGGGAGAAGCAAUUUCGAGGCAAGAAUUUCUUUCAUUUCAAUUGAGAGAAGAGCUUGCCAUCGAAUAUCAAGAAGAGUAA